UGCGACUCGCACGCGUGCUUGCGCUUUCAUAAAGCCAAAUCACAACGCAUCGACAGAAGCACUUGCCGUGCAUCAUAUCUAUCCUGAGUAAGGCAAGAAUGGAUCGCGACCGAGGUCGAAGGUGAGUUAUAAACCGUUUGCUUCUCUGUAUUGCAUCUUGCGUUCUUCUUCAUCAUCACCAUCAUCGUUACAUCUCCCAUCGUUUUGCGACACCAUUUCGGCAUCUCCAGCACCACCCGCGGACACCCUCGAAACACGCUACACGAUGACCUACCACUUUGAGCAAUGCGACUUGUUCGACCCACGUCUCGUGCUGUGGCCCCGGACCCAAACUCGAGAGAAUAUCGAUCAACUGAACGAUCGUUCGAUGGCUGGUGAUAUCGUGAGGGGGGAAGACGGCAGCGACUUUCACGAAAUCAUCAAAGAUGCCUCCGAGUUCGAGCAGGCGCCUGGCGAGCUUGUGCAGAGGAAUGUCGAACGACAUUGGAACAUUCGCUCUAUUUGGUUGGUCACCUGCGGAUGGCCAAGCCAUCGUCAUCAACCAGGCCAUGAACCAAUAGCGAUUCGGAUGAUUGUCCAUCUAUUCUCCUAUUCGGUAUAUCACUUCGGUCGCUCUGUCGUUCGGGUUACCACGAGGGACCAAAAGAUGCAUGUUCAUGGGAACGAGUCGUGCUUUUGGUUCGACCCAUUCCGACCCAUAUCCUAGGAGAUGAUGCUAGGUUUCCACCCAUUUUGCCAGCAUUACGUCCCACUCCACAGGCUCGUCAGAGCGAGGAUGGAGAGCAUUGCUGCAACCACAGGGAAUGAUGCUUGGGAGCGUGUCAAACAACGCUGGCCGGCUUAUAAAGGGAUUCUAGACCGGCGUGUCAACACUCAACCGUGGUUUCGCAUAAUCAAGAUGUUACCAGGAUUAGAGACUGUACGCCUGCCUUCCUACUCGCCUUAACCAUGGCACGAUAUUUAGCCUGCCCUCUGCCAGAAAUUGGCAAGGACCUUAACGAUGCAGCAUGCCACAGGACUCGAAUUACUCUACGCUUAUUCAUCUGCGUCUUGUUUUUGUUUUCUUUCUUUCUUUCUUUCUUUCUUUCUUUCCUUCUCAGGGUCUUUUAAACUUCAAAGCGCAAUUACUAACAUGAAAAAAAAAAAAAGGUUUGAUGAUGGGGAAGUCGUUAGAUACGGCGCUGGAGAGUCAUGGAGGCCCACUCCUCGAGACCGGUCGCCUAGGCGGGUUAGAAGUCCGGUUAGAGAGCGAGCAAGGAGCCCGCGACCUAGAAGUCCACGUCCCCGAAGUCCAAUUCCUUCUGGAUCCGAUAGCUAUGUGCCGGGCAGAUACCCACCACGUCGUAGGUCGAGAAGUGGAGGAGACCGAUACCGGCGAGAGCGAUCAAGAGAACGAGAGAGUCCGCGCCGGCGGGAGCGUAGUAGGUCUAUGCGGCGGCCGUCUCCCCGACGUAGCUUGUCCCGGAGAGUUUCUCCUCCGCGUGGAGCGGAUAGAUAUGAAAGGCCCCGGUCUCCUGCCCCUGGCAGAGAUUGGGAACGCGAUCGUGAGAGGGUCAGAGAUCGAGAAUGGGACCGUGACAGAGUACGUGAUAGGGGACGUGACUUCGAGCGGCGUGACGAAAGGCGGCGAUCUAGGUCUCCAUUUGGUGUGAUUCGCCGCGACAGAACUCCUCCUGUGCGGUCUCCCGUGACAGGUCCUCGUGGUGGCUCAUAUAGACCACGUUCACGUUCUAUGAGUCGAAGGGGAAAUGACCGAUGGCAGUCAUACAGGCGUGUCAGCCCCCCGAGAGAAUCUGGAAUCUCAUCUGCGAUCACUUCUCAGUCAGCUUCUGGAAGAUCGUCACCGCGACCGAGUUCCGUGAGAGCUCGUUCACCACUUCAAUCUCGAGAAGAGUCUCCUCAUCAUCAUGCUAUGUCUGGUGCGGCACCACCAAGGGAGGCACCAAGACCUGGACCUUAUGAUACAAACACAUCAGCCCCCGCUCGAUCACCGCCACGAGGCCCUGCAGCGCUAAGAGCACCUCCAACCGGCCCUGCAGCAAACAGAAAUCCCGCAGCGCCAGUAUCUUCACCAGCCCUGCCUCCUCCCGCUCGGACUCAGACACCUACGGCUCCUCCUCUACGUUCAGGUACCACGAGCCCAACAGUCCCCCCAGCUGGCCCGCGAGGUUAUGUGCCUCCAGCUAGAGGUGGGUUUGCCCCCCGAGGCAGAGGUGGUUGGAAUCAAGCACCAGCAAGACACAUUUCAGGACCUUCACCGACUCCUCCAACUCCCAGUGGACCUUCAGCUAUUCCCACUGGCCCACGCGCGACUCCGUCAAAUACAUCGUCAGCCUCAACAACGACGCAAUCUCGACCGUUCAAUCCUCCGACUGGACCAUCGGCUCAACAUGCUGGUGGCGCACGGCAGACUUUGGCGCAAUCCAUGCUUGCGACGCUGCCCCCCAUCAUCCCUGGCGGCAAGUUGGAUCCUUCCAUGACGCCUCUGGCUCUCGGCGUAACUCGAGAACUUGAGCCACAUUAUCGCAAGUUGAAGGACGAGGAGGAAAAGUUGCGAGAUGAACUGCAUGCGAAGCAAGAGCGGCUACGAAAAAGCCUUUACACGUGGAAUAGACUCGAACGUGACUCGCGAGCGUGGGAGAUGCGGAGUGACCUGAGCGAGAAGAGCAUGAAGAGCCUUGCUGGUGAAGGCAUGGGUGGUGCUGCAUUUUAAAAAUAUGUGCCACAAGAUGUUAGGAACUUGGCGCUAAAGGAUCAUCGUUUAUGCUUGUAUGAUUGUUGAAUAUGCAGGACUAGGUUCCUGUAAGCGUUGCUUCCAUUUGCUUCUGGUCAUGAGAAAUCCCAAGACUUUGGAGAUUUCAUGUUUACAUUGGGUCGAGACGUCCUGCUUGUACAACAGUUGUAUGAAGAGAUAAUAAUUAUGAUGAGCCCGUUGUAUGUGAAUUCGGC